GGCUCGACUUUUUUGUCAUGUUUUUGUCCCCGCUUUUUUUUUUAUUGGCGGUUUCCACCGGAGUUCAAGGAGCAGGAGAGGGGAGAGAUCAUUAUACCGGCAGGGGUUUUGGGGGGGGUUGGCAUCACACACAAACGAUAUCCCGCCUGCUGGCGCCAUUCGCUUACAAACUUUUUGGGGGAGGGGGGGGGGGCGGGCGCGGGAAAUGGUGGCGCAGGCACACACGUUCUACAUGACAAGACGAGCCGAGUCGAAAGGGAGUCACGACAACAGAGCAUCGACCCGAAGACGAAGAUGGGUUUUGUUUGCCGCCUGGGAACUGGCUUGGCCUGGCGCGGCGCGGCGCAACAGAGAGGAGGAUAAUGAUGGCGAACGGGGCCCUACGAUCCGUGACUGGGACGAACGAGGCGCGAUUCCCAGGGGGCACCCCUAAUAUCAACACGUCUAGCCCCCUAAUAUUUAAUCUUAUAACCAUGUACAUACAAGGAGGACUCGGAGGGGGAACAUCACGGCAUCCGCUUCUCAGCAGGCGGAUGGGGGUGUGGUGUUUUUCCUGGCCGGUUGGUUGGCACGGCGAGGGGACGGGGGGGAGGGGGGAUUGGGGGGGAGUUGGGCGGAAGGCAGGCGCCAUGCUACGGGGUUUAUUAUCAUGUAUCGUCUUUAUUCUGGGGCCGAUAUGGGGUGCUGCUCUGGAGAUGGCAUUGGCGCAGAGAGGAAGAAUAAAUUCACCACGCUCGCUUUGGCCUGCGAUUACAACAAACAAACGUUCACUAGUAUUUGCUCCUCGUGACCUGCUUCUAGCAAGCUUCUGGCCAAGCUCAAGCUCGGUAGCGGCUUGCACAUGUUCUCUGCGUCACUGCUUCGCCCCGCUGCUCCCAGCCCGGAAGAGAGAGCACGCAAGCUACGUUGGGCAAUUAUCUCACCCGUUUUUUGCUCGCCCGUCUUGUCUGGUAUGUACCUUUAUACAUGACGUACGCAGCAAGGUACAUACCGAGUAGCCCGCUCCUCUGCAUGCGUGGCCCCCGCAUGCAUACAUGCAUGCAUGCAAUGCAAGGAGAGCAAGACGCAAGCAGUUGGGCAGUCUUUUUUUUUAUUCCUUUCCGGUUAGAAUUUACCCAAUCCUACCACCCGGAGAUGCAAGGCCCAGCCGGGCGUUGAGGGGUGGGGCCCUGAAGGGGGAGGAUGGGGG